AUGGCCGAGAAGCGGCGCUCGCCGUGCGCGCUCAGCGUCAAGGCGCACGCCUUCUCGGUGGAGGCGCUCAUCGGGGCGGAGAAGCGGCGCCGGACGGCCGGGGAAGGCGCGACGGCGCCCGCCAGCCCGCAGCCUCGCGAGGCGGAAUAUGCCAGCGACGGAUCCCAGAGCGAGGACGCGCUCGUGGCAAGCCCGCAGCCCGCGACCCUUGGCGGGGACGCCAGCGAGCGGGACCCGCGCGUGGACCUGCAGGGAUCCGACCUGUGGAAACGCUUCCACGAGAUCGGCACGGAGAUGAUCAUCACAAAGGCCGGAAGGCGCAUGUUCCCUGCCAUGCGCGUCAAAAUGUCCGGCUUGGACCCGCACCAGCAGUAUUACAUCGCGAUGGAUAUCGUCCCCGUGGACAACAAACGAUACAGGUACGUGUACCACAGCUCCAAGUGGAUGGUGGCGGGCAACGCCGACUCGCCGGUGCCGCCCCGGGUCUACAUCCACCCGGACUCCCCCGCCUCCGGGGAGACGUGGAUGCGGCAGGUGGUCAGCUUCGACAAGCUCAAGCUCACCAACAACGAGCUGGACGACCAGGGACAUAUAAUCCUGCACUCCAUGCACAAGUACCAGCCGCGGGCACACGUGAUCCGCAAGGAGUGCGGUGAGGAGUUGUCCCCGGUGAAGGCCGUGCCCGUCGGGGAAGGCACGCGCACCUUCUCCUUCCCCGAGACCGUCUUCACCACCGUCACCGCGUACCAGAACCAACAGAUAACCAGGCUGAAAAUCGACAGAAACCCUUUUGCCAAAGGCUUCAGAGACUCUGGAAGGAAUCGGAUGGGCCUGGAGGCCCUGGUGGAGUCGUACGCCUUCUGGCGGCCGUCCUUGCGGACGCUGACCUUCGAGGACAUCCCCGGUAUGGCCAAACACGGAAUCCCAGGAGCCCACGGAAGUGUCGCCGCAUCACCCCACUUGCUAUCGCCCUCGCCGUGCUCGUCGCCCUUCCAGGUGUGCCCCCUCAGCACGAGCGACUUCACCUGCAGCCGCCCGGCCCUCCCGCUGCACCGCUACGCCACGCCUACGGAAACCUUCCCGCCGCCGCGGGGCCCUGCGUCCUUCGAGGGCGACGCCUUCUGCGCCCUCCCGCUCCCCACGUCGCAACUAGGCUACCUAUCCGGCCCCGCCCCGCAGGGCUACGCCGGCCUCCGCCUUCACACGCCUCCCUAUGGCCUGUACGGCUACACUUUCCCGCCGUCGCCCCGCCUGGCCGCCAGCCCGGACAAAAUGAGCGCCGCCGCCGCCGCCGCCGUCAACCAGCAGAGCUCCCUGCUGGGCUCGUCCCCUAGCGGGACGCUAACUGACAGCCUGGGCGUGCUCGGCGCCGGACAGCAGGGUUUUAUGUUCGACUCUCGGACUUUGGGGCUCGCGGGGAGUUCGCAAGUCGCCGCCCACCUGGGCUGA